CCUGUGCAGUAGUAAUAUAUUCCAUAGUAAUAUAUUCCAUUCAGUAAUAUAUUCCAAAAAAAUCUUUCGUAAAGCGAACAAACGUUUUAGCAUCAAGGACUACAGAAAGAUUUGUGCAUUAGAAAGGAUGGCGAAAUUUGUUUUAAAAACUAAGAUGCUUGGCGCCGCGGCUGCGGAGACGGUAAAAAGGGUGGCACGAGCCAAAAUGAACGCGUCUACCAAUAUGUCGGCCACAGUACAACUUGUAACGAAUUCGGUCGGUUGGGUCAACAACCGUUCAACCCGUAAUACUUACGGAACUGGUCUAAAUAUGAGGAGUGUUUACGGAGAUUCACUUAACAUGCGCACAGAAACGCAGCAGCGCCAACAAAAACUUCAAGAAAAUCUUGAAAGUUUGCGCCUUAUAAACAUGGAGCGCCCGAAAAUCAAAAAAGACUACCGUAUGCCGUAUGUUAAGCCGAUUUACCCGGUCCAAAAAAAAAAAUUGAGCGAUUGUACAUCUAUAGAGGAAGUUCUGAAUUUUACCACGGAGCCUACCGAGUUGGCCGGUGAAGUGAUAUCCCUAAAACGUCAGUUGGGCUUAGAGAAGAAAAAAAGUCGAACCCUACUUAAUCAAUAUCGUAAUUUGGAAGGGAAUUGGCGCUCUACCGACGAUGAGCUGAAGUACAAGACCUUGGGCCGUUGGAAGUAGUUACCACAGAAUUUGAAGAAAUAACGUCCCCCCCCCCAUCCCCCCGUGUGUGCGCAUCUAUGUAUAAUGUGUAAUUAAAAUUCCCUUUCGUUUAAAGGGAAGUUGCAUAAUCCA